CCCCGCCCGCCACCGCCGUCGCCAUGUUGUGGCUCCCGCAGCCGGCGCUGGGGACGCGCGCGGCCGAGCCCGGGGCCUGCAGCCGCCGCCGCCGCCAGUGAGAAGUGUUUAUGUGUGUGCUGAAAUGACAGGUCGGAUCCUUUUUAUGACUGAAAGAAAAGUUGAUGAACACGUUUUGAGUUUGGUGUCACCACAGAGUCAUUCCUCAAACCCAUCAGCACUUAGAGAACAGCUGUCCUCUGUUCACUGUGUGACUUUGGGUGGUGUUUGGAAACUAGACCAUGUGCCUAGGUAGAAGUUAUUCCUUUCUCCACAGCUCUGCACCCCCAGCAACACUCACCACACCCUUGUUUUGAGAGCCUCACUGAGUCAGUCCAGCAGCAGUCUGCAGACGGGUGUUUGGAAACCACUGGACCAGGUCAUUUCUGAGGUCCCCUUCAGCUCUAACAUUCUGUUUGAGCCAGCCAGCGUCAUGUUUCAUCUAAGUGUGAGUGUUUUAGUAAUUUCCUAAUGGAAGGCCUCUUUCCUAAGCCCUUGCCAGCGUUCAGCCAUGGGGGAUAUGAAAACUCCAGAUUUUGAUGACCUUCUGGCUGCCUUUGAUAUCCCAGACCCCACCAGCCUUGAUGCCAAGGAGGCCAUCCAGACCCCCAGUGAGGAGAAUGAGAGUCCCCUCAAACCUCCAGGCAUGUGUAUGGAUGAGAGUGUGUCCUUGUCUCACUCAGGAUCAGCCUCAGAUGUGCCGGCCGUGAGUGUCAUUGUCAAGAACACCAGCCGCCAGGAGUCAUUUGAAGCGGAGAAGGAUCACAUUGCUCCCAGCCUGCUACACAAUGGAUUCCGGGGCUCGGACCUGCCUCCAGAUCCCCACAACCUGGGCCACAACUGUGGGAAGUUUGAUUCCACUUUCAUGAAUGGAGAUAGUACCAGGAGUUUCCCUGGCAAGCUGGAACCUUCCAAGUCAGAGCCGUUACCAACUUUUAACCAGUUCAGCCCAAUCUCCAGCCCAGAACCCGAGGAUACCAUCAAAGAUAAUGGGUUCGGGAUAAAGCCCAAGCACUCUGACAGUUAUUUCUCACCCCCUCCUGGGUGUGGGCCUGUGGGGGGCCCUGUCCUGGAGGCUCUGACUAAGUUUCCAGUCCCAGAGCUGCAUAUGUUUGAUCACUUUUGUAAGAAAGAACCCAAGCCGGAGCCCCUGCCCUUGGGGAGUCAGCAGGAGCACGAGCGAGGUGGGCAGAAGGCAGUGGAACCUCACAAGGAGCUGGAUGCCAGUCGAUUCUUUGGGGACGCUUUGGAGUUCAACAGCCACCCCGGCAACAGUAUCGGAGAGCCUAAGGGGCUUGCCGCGGAGCUCGGUACCUGCUCGUCAGUCCCCCCGAGGCAGCGUCUGAAGCCAGCUCAUUCCAAGCUGUCCUCUUGUGUUGCAGCCUUGGUGGCCCUGCAGGCCAAACGAGUAGCCAGUGUCACAAAGGAGGAUCAGCCCAGCCACACAAAGGAUCCCUCAGGGCCCACUAAAGAGGGCUCCAAAGGCAGCCCCAAAAUGCCCAAGUCACCAAAGAGUCCCCGGAGCCCUCUGGAGGCCACUAGAAAAAGUAUCAAGCCAUCAGACAGCCCUCGGAGCAUCUGCAGUGACAGUAGCAGCAAAGGCUCCCCUUCUGUGGCUGCCAGCUCCCCACCAGCAAUACCCAAAGUCAGAAUCAAAACCAUUAAGACAUCAUCAGGGGAAAUCAAACGGACUGUCACAAGGAUCCUGCCAGACCCUGACGAUCCCUGUAAGUCCCCUGUCGGGUCACCUCUAGGAAGUACCAUCACUGAGGCUCCAAGCGAGGUGCCAGAGGACGAGGUCACUGCCGUGCCUGUGGCGGAGCACUUUCCUGAGGUGGGCGCAAAUUCAGGGAGCCCCCAGGGUGACAGAAAAGGGGAUGAGAGCGUGACGAAAGCCAGUGAAUCUUCGUCUUCCUGCUGCAGCUCUGGGUCCCGUGGCCCUAAGGGGGCUGCCUCAGGCUCACAGAUGGGCAAGAAGCAGCAGCAGAGCACAGCACUGCAGACAUCCACUCUGGCCCCUGCCAACCUCCUGCCCAAAGCUGUGCACCUGGCCAACCUGAAUCUGGUCCCCCACAGCGUCGCCGCCUCAGUGACGGCCAAGUCCUCAGCGCAGCGGCGGAGCCAGCCACAGCUCACACAGAUGUCGGUGCCCCUGGUCCACCAGGUGAAAAAGGCCGCCCCCCUGGUUGUGGAGGUCUUCAACAAGGUCCUCCACAGCUCCAACCCCGUGCCCCUCUAUGCGCCAAAUCUCAGCCCGCCUGCUGACAGCAGGAUCCACGUGCCGGCCAGUGGGUACUGUUGCCUGGAGUGCGGGGAUGCGUUUGCCUUAGAGAAGAGCCUCAGCCAGCACUACGGCCGGCGGAGCGUCCACAUCGAGGUGCUGUGCACACUGUGCUCCCAGACGCUGCUCUUCUUCAACAAGUGCAGCCUGCUCCGGCACGCCCGUGACCACAAGAGCAAGGGGCUCGUCAUGCAGUGCUCCCAGCUGCUCGUGAAGCCCAUCUCUGCGGACCAAAUGUUUGUGUCGGCCCCUGUGAACUCCCCGGCACCAGCAGCCCCGGCCCCACCCUCCUCCCCCAAACAUGGCCUUGCUUUGAGCAGUGCCAGCCCUCCCCUUCCAGCUUUGCCACUCUACCCAGACCCUGUGAGGCUCAUCCGGCACAGUGUCAAGUGUCUCGAAUGUCACAAGCAGAUGCGUGACUACAUGGCUAUGGCUGCACAUUUCCAGAGGAUGACGGAGGAAACCGAGGGGCUGACUUGCCAAGUGUGCCAGAUGCUGCUGCCCAACCAGUGCAGUUUCUGUGCCCACCAGCGGAUCCACGCCCACAAGUCCCCCUACUGUUGUCCGGAGUGUGGAGCCCUCUGUCGCUCUGCCUACUUCCAGACCCACGUAAAGGAGAAUUGCCUGCACUAUGCCCGCAAAGUGGGCUACAGGUGCAUCCAUUGUGGGGUCGUCCACUUGACCUUGGCCUUGCUGAAAAGCCACAUCCAAGAGCGACACUGCCAGGUUUUCCACAAAUGUGCAUUCUGCCCCAUGGCCUUCAAGACUGCCAGUAGCACUGCGGACCACAGCGCCACCCAGCAUCCCACUCAGCCCCACCGACCCUCCCAGCUCAUUUAUAAGUGCUCCUGUGAAAUGGUCUUCAACAAGAAGAGGCAUAUUCAGCAGCAUUUUUACCAGAAUGCCAGCAAGACACAAGUGGGCGUCUUCAAGUGCCCUGAGUGCCCGCUCUUGUUCCUGCAGAAGCCAGAGUUGAUGCAACAUGUCAAGAGCACCCACGGUGUUCCGCGAAAUGUGGACGAGCUAUCAAGUCUCCAGUCUUCAGUGGACACGUCCUCAAGUCGCCCAGGUUCUCGAGUUCCCACUGAGCCCCCAGCCACUAGUGUGGCUGCUCGGGGCAGCUCCCUGCCCUCUAGCCGAUGGGGCAGGCCUGAGGCCCAUCGCAGGGGUGAGGCCAGGCCCCGGCUGAGGAACACUGGCUGGACCUGCCAGGAGUGCCAGGAGUGGGUUCCUGAUCGGGAGAGCUAUGUGUCCCACAUGAAAAAGAGUCAUGGUCGGACAUUGAAGAGGUAUCCGUGUCGGCAGUGUGAACAGUCCUUCCACACCCCCAACAGCCUCCGCAAACACAUCCGCAACAACCAUGACACAGUGAAGAAAGUCUACACUUGUGGGUAUUGCACAGAGGACAGCCCCAGCUUUCCUCGGCCCUCCCUCCUGGAGAGCCACAUCAGCCUUAUGCAUGGUAUCAGAAACCCUGAUUUGAGCCAGACGUCCAAAGUCAGACCUUCGGGUGGACAUUCCCCUCAGGUGAACCAUCUGAAAAGACCAGUCAGCGGAGCGGGGGACGCUCCAGGCACCAGCAAUGGCGCGACUGUCUCUUCCACCAAAAGGCACAAGUCCCUUUUCCAGUGUGCAAAAUGUAGCUUUGCCACAGACUCGGGGCUCGAGUUUCAGAGCCACAUACCUCAGCAUCAAAAGGACAGCUCCACAGCCCAGUGUCUCCUCUGUGGCUUGUGCUACACCUCUGCCAGCUCCCUCAGCCGCCACCUCUUCAUCGUCCACAAGGUGAGAGACCAGGAGGAGGAAGAGGUGGAGGCGGCAGAGCCAGAGGAGGGCUCUGGGGAGGAGGUGCCCAUGGAGACUAGGGAGAACGGACUGGAGGAAUGUGCCGGGGAGCCUCUGUUGGGCGACCCAGAGGCGAGGAGAUCCCUGGGCCUGGAUCCUGAUGAAGACGGUGCCCAGGAUGCUCAGAGUCAACCACAGGCCCCUCAGGACCAGGACAGCCACACACCGUCCCCGCAGGUGUGACCGGAGGCUUUGCGGUGUGCUCAGUUGGGGUGGUGCCGCGGUGUACUCCGCCUGCCUUGUGGACAGUGGGAAGGAGAAGGCUCCGCCCCGGUGAGAGUGUGGCCCGCUGUGCCCUGGAGCAGUGUCUGCCCUGAGCUGCGGGGGGCUGGGAAUCCCCAGCCCCAGGAGAUGCGGGGUCGCCCAGGACCCUCACAGCUCUGAAUUUGCUUCUGUUAUUUAUGGCUUUGUGCUGGCUGCUUCUUGGUACCCCAAUCUUGUCUGUGUCCUUCCAACCCCAGGCUGCUUAAGUGGCCCAACGCCGAUGCUGUCCACUUGGCUCGAAACCCCUCAGCGGCUGUGCUCUUCUGAGAGGUUCCCCGCUCGCUGCCUUCAGCCAGGGGCCUCCUUGGCCUAUAGACAGCAGCUCUCCUUCUUGCCAUCCGAGCCUGAGAAGGGGGAUGAGGGUGCCAGCGCAGCCCCUCUUGGAGAGCUCGCCCAGCCUGGCUUGCAGAGGGCCCUUGGUCACCUUGCCCUUCUUUCCUGUCUUCUCUGAUUCUUUCCCCCCAAAUAGUCCGGAGAUUUGUCACACUGGCUCAUCCUGUCUGUGUGGGUGGGAGAAACUUGUGCAGCACACCUCUGUUUGGAACCCGGGAGAGCAGGAAACGCUGCCAAGGCAGGCAGGCACCGAGAGGCAGGCCCUGCAGAAGGAGCUGUGCGUCCUUGUUCUGCCGCUGCUCUGCCUUUCCUGACAAGCGGGGUUUGGGGCCCACAGACUUUGGAAUAUUUGUACUCUUGCUCCUGUGCCAUUAGAGAGGCUGCUGCCCCAGGCAGGCCAGCCCCUCCUCUUCUUGGCUACACUCAUGUUGCUCAGACUAUAUUUCAAAUAAAAAGAAUCUUCUUACCACAGCAGGUAGGCUCUUGUAUUCCUCUUCAGGUGAGCCUGGCCCUACCCUGAUCCAUUCAAGGGUCUCUCCCAGACUUCCCUCACUGUCCCACCUCUGUGGGAGAACAGUGUUCCCUGCUGUCCCAGAAGGUCCUCUCUAGAUUUUGGAGCUGUGGUUAGGAAACCAGGAGCUCAGUACUUCUAGGUUCCCUAGGGACCUGAAAGGGUGAGGGGAGGGUCUUAAUGCCCGUCAAGAGUCAUCUCCAAGGUCUCCCUUGGUUUUUAGGGCCUACUGAAAUUUUUCUGGGUACCUCCAUCUUUCCUACAAAUGGUUUUCCAAACUAAGAGAACCCUUUACUGGUGGGGAGGGGGGGAUUCUGCAGUUGCUCUGUUCAGGAGGCCUUGGUGUUGCUACUGCCACAGGGAACUCAGGUGUGGCAGCACUGGGAUUAGACAUGGGAGGCUGGGCUGCCGUUUCACUGAUGACAGAGUUAGGACCUGACCAAGCACAAGGAGCCGGCUGUGUGGAGGUGUCCUCUGACCUCUGCCCCAAGCGGCUGCUGCAGCCCUGCAUGGAGGGGAUGUGAGUCUGGGCCUGGCAGGAUCUAGUGCAGCAAAGGGAAGUGGGUGCUGACUGAUUUCUUAGAUGUGCUUUCAAGGAAGGCAUUGAAUAUCAAUUAUAAAUUAUUAAGUCAAAUAAAUAUGCCUGACCUUUUCACAAUUGAAAAAAAUACAUUUUCUUCCUCUCAAGUGCCACAUUUGUAGUGGAAAUGCUAAUGGCAAUAGAAAAGGUUAGUGCUUGUUUCCGUUUCAGAGAGAAAAUGCUUUUUAAUGCAUGCCAUACCUGGCAAGGCCACUAUGUCCCUGCUUCCUGAGCAGCAGCAAGGACAAACCUAAUUCUGGCUCCCUCCAGAGCCAGAGCUAGCCCCAGCUUAGCUGUCAUCCCUUCCUAAUUACAGUUGCAGGGUGCCCACCCUGCACCUGGGGCCAUUUGCAGGCACAGAUAGAUUAUAGAAGAGGCUGGUAGCUGGUACUAGGGGAGAGGAGGUGGUGAAGUCACAGAUUUGACCUGUCCUGACUCCAAAGCCCUCUCCUUCCUGGGAAUGGCGUGGAGUGGAAAGACAGGAUGCUGGGCCACUCACCAAGAAACCUGGGUCAUAGCCUGAGUUCUGCCCUCAACCAGCUCUUAACAAGCCCCCUAACUUCACUGGCCCCUUCCCUUCAAGAUAGACCUAGUAAUUCCCACCCAACUUGCUUCAGAGGCUUUUGUGAGAUGAUGAGUGUGGAAGCAUUUUCUAAUUUAUGAAACAGUAUCAAUGUGAGGGAUUCUUGACUUCAGACAUGGAAGGUGGAGCACACCUCACCCUCUGUUCAGGCUUGGAUGCUGAUGGUCAGUUAUGACUGGUCUGGGGCACCUCUCCACUAUUAGUAAUAGUGACAACAACACUUGAAGCCCUGCUCUUGGACCCAGCAUCUUGCUAAAAAUGCUUUCCAGUGAUUCUCGUUUUGUCCUUACAGUGAUCUCACAAUUAUCUUCCAUUUUACAGAAAAGAAAACCAAGGCUCAGAGAGGUUAAACAGCUUGCUCGAUGACCUGUAAGUCAAGCCUAUCUGGUUCUGAAGUCCAUGAUGUCAACCACUGUGUUGCCUUAAUGUCCCGGCUGCUGUGGCUGGCUGCCAGCUUGUCGGAGGUUUGCAGCCAUCCAGACAUCUGCUUUCCUACCUCCCCUGUGGUUGGGGUGCCCCACUGAGUGCCAGGUUCUCUUUGGAGUCAGUCUGUGCCUUGUCACCCCAAGGAGGGCCCUGUGCAUCACAGUCACUUGCGCCGUUCCGAAGCACAUGCAGUGUCUCUAUGACCUUUCAUUCUCAUUGGGAUUUAUCUUGCCAUUUGAAGACCAUUUGGGGGGCUAUUCUAGAAAAGAUGGACCAACCCUCACAGGGAACAUGGUUCCCUCAGGGUCUAAUGUCUUCUGAUUUUUUUAAAAGAUAUUGUUAAAUAGUUGUGUUAUCAGAAAAUGCUUGCUGUAACAAGCACUUACCUGCUGGAGUGAAUGCUCUACUGAUCAACUUAAACAGAUAAGAUUCCCCACCCUUGUAGAAACUACAACUUAAUACACUCUAAGGCUUGACAAAUGACUAAUAUUUAUUUUCCAACUGCUUUAUCUCUGUAAAAUGAUAUGCCGAGUUACUAUAAGCUAAUUGGUGUAGAAUGAACUCUUCCCUUAACUUAUGUAAACAGUCUGGUUUUUUAAAAACUUUAACAGCUGUGGCUCAGCAAGUUCAACACACUUUGCCUUCCCCCAGACUGGGGAACCUCCCUGCCUGUUCUGGCCACCACUGUAAAUUCAGCUCUGGGCAUACUUUCUUUUACUUGUUUAAGACAAAAAAUUUUUUAAAUGAAUAUACACGAUAAGAGAUCCAAACAAUACAAAAGAGAAUACAAUGAAAAAUAAGCUUCCCAGUGGGGGUCAGCCUUCAGUUCCCCAGUCCCCCUCUCCAGAAUUAAUCACUGUUACUUAUACCUUAUGUAUCCUUUCUGAGCAAUUCUAUGCAUUUGCAAGUUUAUAAAUAUGUAUAUUUAUAUAUCUAUUUUUAAUACAAAUGGUAGCAUUCUA